AUGAAAAAUAAUUACAAGUGUCUAGUUUUCAUUUUCAUCGCUCAUUUUGUUUUAGUUUCGAGUAGUAAUAGUAAUAAUGAUAUAAAGAUAAAUAUAAAAGAUAAUAAUAAUAAUCAAUAUAGUGUUGAUCAAUUUAGUUCUUCGGGAACAUUAACACCACCAGAAUAUGAUAUAAAUUAUCAAAUACAUUCAUGGAAUGAUUUAGAUGAAUGGCAUCAAAUGUAUAGAAAGGGUGUGGUGUGGAACAAGGUGGAUUUACAUUACAUGUCACCAGAGUAUUGUAUCGAUAGUAGUGGUCGUGGUAACCCAUUGGGUUGUUUUAUCUUGUCGCAUGACAUCCCUUCACCACUGACUGUACAGUACAAUACAUCGAUUGAUCUAUUGGCAUGGAUCACUGGAGAAGGGUCCAAUUACUAUGGUACCGAUUCCUCGACGAUUAAACAUAUGGCACUAUGUUUUAAAUUGGACAAGUUGGGUGCUUGUGACUUGGGAUCAAGUGCAUUCCGUUCAUUGUUGAUCGAACUCAUGUCCAACAUUACAUCGUUGCAAGAGAAUGGUGUUGCACCCAACCUACGAUUCCUACUCGACGGUAAUGGUGUACCUUUAAACUGUCUGUCUCAGUCUCUCCAACCAUACAAUGCAACGUGGGUUGGUAAACCAUGGGAUGCACGUAAUGACAACAAUGCAUCGCUUGGAUAUGAUCGGUUGGUCGUUGCUGACUUGCCAAUCGACUCUUUGGUGCCUGACUUUUGGCCAGAUGUAAUGUGUUCACGAGAUACACCCUAUUUCAAGUUUCUCAACGGUCAAUACCCCGUUCUAGUGUGGGAGCCGUCCGAUCAACGUACCAUCCAAUCGGUAGCAUCAACCUAUGUCGGAUGCAUGUCUCUACACAACACACUUCAAUUCCCACAACUAUUGUUUGCAUCAAAUAUCGAUCCCGCCCAAUUCCAAAGUUACCUAGCAACCACCUCUUCCAACCAUUCUUGGAAUAUUCAUUUAAACGAACAAAAUAGUUAUGGUGUUACUAUCAAAUCAAAGAUUGUCGUCUAUACACUGACUGAUGGUAUGCAAUACCAUAUUGUCUUGUCUUCCAACUCUACUACAUCAAAUUACUCGUACGGACUACUCAUCUCCAAAGGUAUCCACGGUCAAGUUGAACAAGUUGGUUCAUACACACUGGAAAUGCUCGAUGGCAAGAUAGACACGAUCGUAUCUUCUUCUAUUAUCUAUAAUGUAGAUGGACAAGACUACCUCUAUAUCUAUGAUAAUCUUGGAGGUUAUAUAAUCUACUCGAUUGAUACUACCACUCAAUAUCUUGGUUUCACACCCAUUGUAUUUGGAGUUUUACAGGCAGAUACACAAGACUUGUUUGUUUCUAGUUCGUUGGAAUACCUGUCACACGACGCCUCCACCAACACUCUACAAAUGCUUCAAUACUUUAGUACUGAUAGUUGUGCUCUUGGAUCGACCGUAUGGAACAUCAGUCUCACUCCAGGUCAAUACUACCUCCAACUAUCACCAGUCACUUGUCUAGUAUCAAAUAUCAACAUUGAUUCAAAAUCCUUUAUUAUCACUCCCUCUACAACUAUUUCAUCAGUUACCACAAGCAAUAGUCAUACUAGUGACAAUACUACUUUUACAAAUUGUUUAUAUGAUUCAAUUGUAGUAUUUAGUAGUAAACAUUCAAUACUAUCAAAUGUAAUUAUGGGUGGUCAUGUUUGUAUUUUACAUAAUACAAGUUACUCGCAUGGAUCACAAUACUAUAAUAUUUCGCUACAAUCCAAUUUAGUUGUACUUGAUACUGGUGUUACUCCAUCAAUGUCGAUUGCCUAUAAUCCAACCGAUUCUAAACCACAUUUUAUGAUGGUACAUGGUGGAGGGUAUUGCUACAACACCGAAAUACACAACAAACGUUCAUCGCCACGUGUAUGCGAGUCUACUCCAACACCUUCUAUCGACUCGCAAGUAUUAAACUAUAUCUAUGGUAGAUUUGAUGAUUUGUUGGCACAUAUUUACAACGACACUGGGAAUCAAAUCAACUAUAUAUCAUCUUGUGAUCGACAUCUUGUACGAGGUGUCUAUAACCAUGGAUCUAAUCCAUCGACCACUUUGUUUGUCACUACCGACCAAGACCAACAACCAACUCUGGGAGUCAUUGCAUUACACCAAGGUGUUUCUCCAACCUAUCUUGACAUGUCAAUUUGUGGCUCCCCGAUUCCAUUCAAUGGUUUAAUUUUAAAUAGUUGGAGUAUAUUCCCAAAUCUUUUAGAUUAA